AACAAAACCGGAUAACGGUCACAUCAAGCCUUUUACUUGUCUCCUACAUGGAGAGAGUGAGACUUCAAAGGCAGCUCUUUAGGUCUGACUCUGUGAACGGAUGCGCGCCGACCUUGGAGUCUCCAGACGCGCAGCGGAGGAUUUUGCGCACUGAAAUCGUGCAGAGCUGAAGAGCGGACCCAGCGAGCGGACUGCUGCUUGUCUGUCUGCAGUCCUGGCACUGGGAUACAGGCAUCAGCUGCUUGUGUUUUACCGCGCACAUCGGCAAUUUAUUAAUAACACAGCAUCGGAUUAAGUAGCGGAAAUUUCUAGCUCGUAGUUUAUUUUUGUUUGCUUGGAUUCGAAACUUAGAGGAGUGAGUGUAGAUGUUCCGCCUUGUUUGCAGAGUAAUCCAAGCGUCCCAGCUGCUCAAGAGAAAUUCCCUAAACAUCCAGAGAGACGGAGACGCUUUGAGCGGAUUUUAGGACACUUCGCAGACAGUGGAUUGAACAAGGGAUGAUCGCGGCCGCCCUGCCCUGCUAAGUGAGGUAUUGCCUUUUGCGUAACGGUGAUCACAGCGAUGUUUCAGUCGCAUGUGCGUCUUGCCCUCUCCAAAGCUCCCAGAGAGGAUUUAGCCGCCGCUCAUCUUGAAUAAGUCGAGAAGUCGUUGAAGAUGAGUGCUCUGCAAACAUUCCUGUUUUUUUUCCUCCUGCACCAGGUCACGUGCAGGAAAGUGCACGGAGGAGCUACGGAACUCAUCGAGUGGAGGGACAGUGAUAAUGAGCAGAAGAUGUCUCCCACUGGGGCCAGUCCACGGGUCCUCAACCCCCUGCGUUUGUUUGCCAGGGGCUCCCCCGAGUUCAAGAGCAACAUAAGGGAAAUGACAUAUUUACAGAACAUGGAGGACUUUUGGGACUGGUUAUCUAACCAGACAGAUGUUCAGAGUGCACAGGCCAGAACUAAACGCAGGCCCAUCGUCAAGACCGGCAAGUUCAAAAAGAUGUUCGGGUGGGGGGACUUCCACUCCAACAUCAAGACUGUCAAACUCAACCUGCUGAUCACGGGCAAGAUCGUGGACCACGGGAACGGCACUUUUAGCGUCUACUUCCGCCACAACUCCACGGGCCUGGGGAACGUGUCGGUCAGCCUGGUGCCGCCCUCCAAGGUGGUGGAGUUUGAGAUCGCCCAGCAGUCCACGCUGGAGACCAAAGACACCAAGUCGUUCAACUGUCGCAUUGAAUACGAGAAGACGGACCGCAACAAGAAGACUGCCCUGUGCAGCUUUGACCCAUCCAAGGUGUGCUACCAAGAGCAGACGCAGAGCCACGUGUCAUGGCUGUGCUCGAAGCCCUUCAAAGUCAUAUGCAUCUAUAUAGCCUUUUACAGUGUAGACUAUAAACUGGUGCAGAAGGUUUGCCCUGACUACAACUACCACAGUGACACACCUUACUCCUCCACAGGAUGACCUAGCUGCUGUUUGUGCGUGUCAGCCUUUUGUUUUAUCUCAAAUAAUGUAAAUGUCAAGCUCUAAACUCCUUGUCCCGAAAUACCUAAAUACCUGCAGGAGGUGCAACGAACAAAGGGACACACACUGGAGGGCAAAACUUGUAUACGCUGCACAAGUAUACAGGUUUAACGCUUCAGAUAGUUAGGUGUCCAGGGACGUGGUUUUAGGGGUUGACUUGGGAUACAAAGGUAACUACGAACCCUGGGUGAAUCCCCCCUCCCCCAUCACAACAGCACAUGUUCUCCACUGGUAAAAUUAGUAUGUUGUCCAGAUGUUUUCUUCUUGGCUAGACCACAGGCAAGGAGCCUCCCCAGUCGGAGGCGCACUGCUGGCUUCUGCCAGUGCUGCACUGAUGCUAACAUUAUCAAACUAUCUCCUCACCUCAUUUGAACGGCCAUUGGAUGAAGUAGGACAAAUAUGAAUCAUGGUAAUAAUUACAAUACCCAAACAUUUGAGCGGUUAUUCAGCAGUGCAUAAAGUAAAAGAAAAAAAAAAUCCAAUUUGGACCAUUGCUACACUUUGACUGAUUAGUUAAAACGAUCCGCUCAUUGCCUCUCCGAAGUGGAGCCUCCAACAUCCAUUUGUACCUGUUAACGGAACGCGAGACAGGACAGUGUCUAUCCUGAUUACUUUGAUGAAUGGGUAUUUUUCACAAAGCUCUGAAUAAUUUAUAUGCCCGUACAGCCGAUAUUUUAUCUCUUGUAGGCGCUGAAAUAAAGCGAAUUGAUUGAUGGGACCUAAUUCAAAGAGCCCAAUGACAAAAUAAAUUGAUUUCACAAAAGUAAAGCAAAAAAAAGGAAGAGCAUGAUGUUGAAUUAUUACACAUUUGUAUGUAGGUACCCACCCAUGCAUAACGCGGCUGCUGCCUUGUUUGCUCCUUAAAAUGUGUUGGUUUUCCGCUGCAAUCAUUAGAAGGCAUGUGUAUGCUAAACUAGCCUGAAAUCCAACAUCUGUGUUUGCAGGAUGCACUUUGAGGCAUCAGGCUGCCGAGCGAGCCCCACAGUGGAUUAAUGUGUCGGGAGAGGUGGGGAGGGGGAAGCAAUAAUUGCAGGACAGGUGGAUUUAGUGAGUCUGGCAGACAAUUAUCAGCACUUUGUCAUGGUCCUGCCACCAGCCCUGACAUUACCUGUCUUUAAUAGGCUUUAAUUAGCCUGGGAAAUUUCAUUUAGCAAGAGUGGAGCAACUGAAAGAAAAAAAAAAAGAGAGAGGGAAAAGUACAGAAUCCGUCUGCAAUUUUAAUGAGAAGUGGGACUACAUGUGAAAUAUCAGACAUUUCCCAGUUGAACAGCAGGCUUAAGUUGACUGACUUUUGUGUAAAAGUGGAUAACACCCAGUCUCAUAGUACAUGGUGUAAUGUGCUUUGACUUAGCAAUCCCUCAAAUGGUCUUUAAAAGGUUUUGUUGAAAACCAUGCAAACGGUAAAUGCCAUAGGUUGUGUUGUUUCGCACAUGGUCCAGGGUUUUUAGGCUAGGGCGUGUGCCACAUGAUGGCAUGGCAUUUAUUCCCAUCUAUGUUAUUUUAUUCGUGGUAUCCCAUGUUCCCCCUCCCCCCACGCCCAUCAGCUGUAAAUGACUUUGUGAACAUGAGGUGAGGUGUAUGAUAAAUCAGAGUUGAUCUAUGUUGAUGUUUUAGUUCCACUCCUUCGUGCAUAUGCUGUGUAUUAAUGUGUAACUUUAAAACUAAGCGUGUUUAAUUAUGGCUUCAGAGUAAAUGAUGUCAGUUUAUUCUCAUUUUUCCAGAGAAAUAUACCAAUAACUAUACUGUUCCUUAUUUUUGGUGUUUGCUAAGAAAUAUAUAGAUAAAUGUCAUACUUACUGCUGAGAAUUAUAGAUUGCUUUCCAUUUCUUUUUUUGUAAUUGCAGAUUGUACCUAUUUUUAUUUCCUGCUUGCUUAAUCUUGUUUGAACAGUUUCCCCUGUAAAAUAAGAAUAAGAACACUUCUGUCUGUAUAGUGUAAUUACAAUUGUUCAUUUUGGAAUAUUUGAUUUCAGAGGGAGCUCAUUUUGUUAAAAUGUAAUUGUAAAGAUUAAUUUAGGUUUUUAUGGCAUUAAACCUCAUUUGAACUUG